GCUUGGGGCGUGACGCGCAUGCGCAGUGCAGACUACUGGACGCAGCUCGGGGGGAAGUGACAGGAGGACAUAAACAGACUGAAUGAAACGCUUUGUGUGUAAUUAACGCGGCAUUAAGAGGAGGAAUUCCGAGCCAUCGAAUACUUUCUUUACUUUAGGAAUGUUUCCGUCGGAUCCGAUUUUGACGGUGUAGAAGCUCAUCUUAUUUAGGAUCCAUGUCUUUUUUGCGUUGGGUGUCAGAGAAACUGAGCGUGGAGAGCCUGAGAGAUUUGGACUUAUUUGGCGACCAAGCUCAGGCAAGCCCACUCAGGAAAGCCCAUGAGGACAGUCGUGAAUCUCUGAGCCCCCUCCCACCCCGGGACACGAUGGGAACCUUCUUACCAGACAGCAGUGCCUACGAGCUCCUCACCGUCAUUGGGCACGGUCUGGAGGACCUGAUGACGGUGAACUUGGCUCGAUACAAACCCACCGGAGAACGCGUCACUGUCCGAAGGAUUAAUAUGGAGUCCUGCACCAAUGACAUGGUCAAAUACCUGCAGGAAGAAAUCCACGUCUCGAAGUUGUUCCACCAUACGAGCAUCCUGCCGUACAAGAGCAUCUUCAUCUCGGAGAACGAGUUAUGGGUAAUCGCGCCGUUCAUGGCCUACGGUUCAGCCCGAGAUCUGAUCAGCACUCACUUUACACACGGUUUGAGUGAACUGACCAUCGCCUACAUCCUCCUCGGAGUUCUGAGGGCACUGGAGUACAUUCAUCACAACGGCUACGUGCACCGGAGUGUGAAGGCGAGUCAUAUCCUGAUCUCCGCGGAUGGACAGGUGUAUCUAUCAGGUCUGAGGAGCAUCUUCAGUCUGAUUCGACACGGCCAGAGAGCACGCGUGGUGCACGACUUCCCUCAGUACAGUGUUAAAGUGCUGCCCUGGUUAAGCCCCGAGGUGCUCCAGCAGGAUCUUCAGGGAUAUGACUUUCGCUCAGACAUCUACAGUCUGGGAAUUACGGCUUGUGAGCUGGCCAAUGGUCAUGUGCCAUUUAAAGAUAUGCCCGCUACACAGAUGCUGUUGGAGAAGCUAAACGGUAUAGUCCCGUGUCUGUGGGACAGCACCACCAUUCCGGCCGAGGAGCUCGGGAUGAAGUCUUCGCUCGGGGCCGACUCUGGGAUCUGCGAGGGCCCCGGCGCCGGAGGGUCGCGCCACACUAACGGAGAGCCGAACCCUUACAGCAGGACGUUCAGCACACACUUCCACAACUUUGUGGAGCUGUGCCUGCAGAGGGACCCUAAGAACAGACCGUAUGCUAGCGCUCUGAUUGGUCACUCCUUCUUUAAGCAGAUAAAGCGGCGUCCGUGCGAGGCCCUGCCCGAGUUGCUGCGUCCCGUCUCGCCCCUGGGUAGCUUUGAGUGCGUGCGGCCUCAGGAUCAACCCUCGGUGCUCACCGGCCUCAGCCAGCUGGACAUAGACGACUGGGACUUUUGACAAGAACUGAACGUACGAGGAGAUCAGUGGAGGAAGUAGCAGCGUGUGCAUGUGAUCGGGGCUGAUGAUAAACCGUACAAUAUCAAUAUGGCGAUAAAUUGAAAGAGAAAUUCCUCUUUUCAUCUUCACCCCUCCGUGACUCGAUGUCUCGAUGUUCAAAAUCAAUAUCGGCUCUUCAAGUACGGCGAUCCACUGUAGGGAGCAAAAGUAUUUGGACACCCAGCCAUAAAGUCUUAAAGCCAUAAAGUCCCCCAACAUCCCAUUACACAUUUAGCUUCUGCUCUUCUUGGAAGAUGUUCCUCUACAUUCUGUAGUGUGCUACAAGGGUGUCGGUAAAGUCAGGUGCUGAAGAAGGUGACGUGAGGGGGCCCUCAGGGUGCAUAAAAAGAAAAUCAUGAGCGUUCAGUAGGGUUUCAGAGCACUAUAGAAGGAUAUCUUCUAUUCCAACCCCUGUAUCUUCAUGAAUGAGUUUUGGGUUUUAUUAUUGCACCUGAGGGAAAAUUUUCAUGCUGUUAUCUAAAGAUGUCCUACACAGUGGUGAGCCUCCAGCUUUGUGGUAGCAGUUUGGAAGAUGUUGAAGAAACACGUGGUUGGAAAAGGCAGGUGUCCCAACACUUUUGACCACAUAGCGUAUAUUGUUUAUGGUAUCGUCCAGCCCGUUCGUUUAUGAGGGUUAAAGAAGAUCCGGUUCUAUGCUAUAUAUAUUUUCUUAUUGGCGUGUGAGCGUACAGGUGUGUGUAUACAGGUGUGUAUAGUUUUCAGAAACGGGUUGAAGGAGGACUGUUUUACUUUCUCUCUCACAGAGAGGUGCAACGCCAGCAGCCGCCGCAGCUUCGUCCGAACCAUGACGCAAACACGCAAGGUGCAUGAGUCUGAAACGCGCACACACACACACACACAGCAGGUGCUUAGUUUUGCGCUCUCGUGCGUUACUGAGCAUCGUUACACGUUUUGUAGCAUAAUAAUUAUCCCGGAACCGAGACGCUCUGAAUGUGUAACCGUUUCCUUGCCGCAUGCUUGAGCUCCCAGACGGACGUCGUGAAGCUGCACGGCUCAUUGUGCCAAUACGUUUAACUCAGAAUGUACAUUUAACAAUUUUUUCUGAAUUUGUUCCGUUCAUCCUUUUUCUUUUUUACUCAAACUACCAGCAGAACGUUCGCUUAUAUACAGGUGAAUGUUGAGGAGAAAUCCAGAAACAUCAGCAGGUCUACACUGAUCCCUCAGUGUCCACGCAGGACCUUUUCACAUCUUCCUUCAUUCAGUCAUCGCUCUCAUUUCAGUGUGUUUGGUGUUUUUUUUUUUUUCCCCCACCCCAGUUUUAUUUCUGCUGAAAAUAAUUGUUGGAAUGUCCAGCUGUGCAAAAAAAAGUUGUUGUUUUCCAGAUGUGUAAUAGAAUGAAAAAAUAAAAUAAAGACUAAA